AUGGCAAGGUCACGUACCGCUUCUUCGGCCGAGCAGCAGCACAGACCGAUGAUGGAUCAGCUACAUCUUCGGAGGCUGUGUGGAGGUGGCAGUGGUUCUCAUACGCAGUAUUCUGAUCAGCAGUCCUACAGUGCACCACCAAUUCCUAUCCGUGCACCGCUGCUCCAGAGUUUUCAGGAUGAAAUUUCUGAUAGUGUUGAGUAUGUUAGUGAUUCAGUAGAAUUGUGGAGAGAAUUGGAAGAUCGAUAUGAUCCAACGAACGGUGCAAAGCUGUAUCAAAUCCAAAAGGAGAUCAAUGAUCUUGUUCAAGGGUCUUUGGACAUUACUACCUACUACACGCGAAUGAAAAGACUAUGGGAAGAGUUGAGCAAUCUCAAUGCAAGGUCCCAGUGCACUUAUGCUUGUACGUGUGGCUCAAAGGACAAUAUGCAUAAGGCAGAGCAGGACAGGCGACUUAUUCAGUUUUUGAUGGGAUUGAAUGAAGUGUACACGACAAUGAGAGGAAACAUUUUGAUGAUGAAGCCCUUACCAUCAUUGGCACAAGCCUUUUCUUUGUUGGUGCAAGAGGAAAAACAAAGGGAGUUCAAACCAAGUAGUCAUUUGAACCUGGAGUCUACCUCACUUCAUGUGAAUACUGCACCUUCACAACAUCAAAAUCCCUUUGGAGCUCGAAAUUUCAAGACACACUAUACAGUUAACUCAGGUCAAUCCAGGGGUCGACCAUUCUGUGACUACUGCAAGAGACCUGGCCAUACAAAAGACAAAUGUUACAAGUUACAUGGAUAUCCCCAGGGCAAUUCCUACAACAAUCAA